UUCCUCCCUCCCUCCCCCUUUCAGAACACUCAAUGUCGGAACGUUCCGAAGAUGACGUCGGAGCGUUCUCGAAUCCCGUGUCUCUCGGCUGCUGCUGCCGAAGGAACAGGGAAAAAGCAACAAGAAGGAAGAGCAAUGGCGACACUGGAUCGCAAAGUGCCCAGUCCGGAGGCGUUUCUGGGCAAACCCUGGUCCUCCUGGAUCGACGCCGCCAAAUUACACUGCUCCGACAAUGUAGAUUUAGAAGAGGCUGGAAAAGAGGGUGGAAAAAGCAGGGAGGUUAUGAGGCUUAAUAAAGAAGAUAUGCACUUAUUUGGCCAUUACCCAGCACAUGACGACUUCUAUCUCGUAGUGUGCAGUGCCUGUAACCAGGUCGUCAAGCCACAGGUUUUCCAGUCGCACUGCGGGAGAAAGCAAGACAACAAGAGAAAUGAAGGCAUCUCCAGGAGUGGACCAGAGAGCAGCCAAGCCAUAGAGAAGCAUCAGGUGUGAGAAUGGAAAACGCAGAAGAGACGUACAACUUCUGAAAGAUCUCAGAGGACUGGCAUUGUCUGGAGACGGCUUCCUGGAAGAGGAGACUCCAGCAGAGCCCUGAAGUGUGGACAAGCUUCCAUUCACUGCAAAUUCGUGAGCACACUCUGGUGUCAGGAUCUAGUAAGGAAAUGGGCUUGAGCAGAGCAGGGGGUACCUGUGGGGUUCUUCUCUUCAUUUUCACCACCACAAAGCUGGUCUAAGCUACCAUCAAUUCCCACCUGGACAACUGCAAAAGCCUUCCAGCUGUUCCUGCUUCCACUCUUGCUCCUCUACAAUUCAUUCUGCACGCAGAAGUCAGAAUCAAAAUCAAAGUUCAUCAUGUCAUUCUCUUGACUUGUGGCUUCCCAUUGCUCUUAAGCUAAAAGUAAAAAUCAUUAUCAUGGCUACAAAGUCUUGUGUGGUCUGGGCCACAUCCUGUGCCAGGCUCCCUUUCAUUGUCUAUAUUCCAGUCAAGCUGGCCUUCAGAAUUUCAGCACAUUGGGUCUUUCUGCCACAGGGCCCUUGCACAUACAUGCUUUUCCCUCUGUACAUGUGAUUUUCUUUCAUCCUCGCUUUCCAAAGCUAACUCUGACUCAUCCUUCAGACUGCAUCUUAAUGAUUACUUCCUUCUGGAAGACUCCCCUAAUUUUCACAACUAGAUGAGCUCUCCCUUAUAUGUUGAAAACAAGUAUUUCUUGUGUGAACAUAAAUGUUUAAUGUCUGCCUUCCCAACUCAGCCACAAGCUCUGUGAGGGUGGAGACUCAGUCUUUGCAUCCCUCGGAGCCUAGCAUAGUCUCAGUUAAUACGUGAUAGCUGGAGCGUGACAUUUCAUUAGGAACAGUGAGGCUAGUUGAGAAAUUAUACCUCACCAGAAUAUAGGAGAGUACCAUUAGGAAUUCUUAAUGGGAUGAAAACCUGAAUUCAUGUCUAGACCCUGCCACCUGCUGGCUGUGCUGUUUUAAAUAAAUUGCAGAUCCUCUCAGAGCCUGUUUCCUCAUAUAUAAAAUAAUGGGGAUCCUAACAGCCCCUUCAUAUGGUUGUAGCAGGAAUUUAAUUAAAUAAUAUAUGGAAAAGCAUUUUUUUAACUGUAAAACCAUACAUAAAUAUCCUUUGUCAUUUUUCCCAGUGCAUGACACACUGGGUCAUUAAACAUCUAUUGGAUGAGUGGAUGGUUGGAUAGAUGGACAGACAGAUUAACAGUUAGGGGGCCAGUAUGAGUGACAAGAGGAGAACUUGGCAUAUGGAAAGCAUGAUGGAAGCCAGAAAAAGGAGAGACUUCCCAGAAGUAGGAGGAGGCUUGUUGAUUCAUCCACAGUGUCACAUGCAGUAGAGCAGGCAGGAGAAUGAGGGGGGAAAAUCAUUUAACCUGGGUGGAAGGAAAUCGCUGGUGACCUCCAGCUGAUUCCUCCUCAGCCUUUUCAUGUUAUCUGGGCUUUCAAUGACAUGCCUUAAUUGUAACUUAAUCACUUUACUGAUUUCUAUCUUUGGGGGCGGGGGGAAAUGAAAUUGAUUUGCACAUACGGCAAAAUUGGUAAGAUUACUCCAGCUGCUGCCAGCAGGUGCUGACAAGUGAAGAACUGAAUGUCAGAGAAUAAGAAAAUACACUAAACAUUUAUUUUAAUAAGGCCUAGAAACCUUAGUUAUUUAAUAAAUUGCCAUGGAUAAUUAGUUUCAGUUUCUAGAGUUCUUUCAUCUUCAACUCCCUGUGUUCCAGAAGGAAUCGUGCUGGAUGUGUAGACAGGGCCUUGUGUUUUGAGACCCAUCUGAGCUAUCACACAUUUCUCUGAGCAUUUUCCUGUCUCUCUGAUCACACCCCACUUCCUGCCACCACUCCCAGCAUCCACCUGGGAUAGGUCACUCUGACAUACACACAAACACACACACACACUCACUAUCCAAGCUGCCAGUCUUCUUAUUGGCUCCUCCUCCAGCGAGGAGGUUUAAGCCUCACCUCCCUGCUGGGCCCUGAUCCAGCUGGUCUGUUUGUGUAUGAACCUUGGGAGUGAGUGGCCCAAGCUGGAUCUGAGCCCAGCAUUUAUCAUCUCAGCACUGACUCCCACAGAAGAAGGAAGACAUAAUGAAUAAAUGAAACCCCAUGACUGUUUCAACAUUCAUCAACCCAUUACUCCAAACGUGGCUGAUAAAAUUGGGUACCUGGAUUAAAAAAAAAAAAAAAGUAAGAAUAAACUAAAAAAAAAGGCCACUAAAUAAUAUUUUUAUAUAAUUUAGUAUAUUUAUUAUAUAUUUAACAUUUUCUGUUUAGUAGUUGGUGAUGUGUUACAUGGGUUUAUGGGGAAAGGAGGCAACAUGCAAGAAAACUUUAAAAUGAUUCAAAGAAAGGAUUUGAAGCCUUACCACCCCCGGCCACCCCACGGACCCCCUUCCGCAGGGAUGGCUCAAGAUGUAAAGACAGAAUCGUGCCUGUCUCCAUUCUCUUCCCCGUACCUCCCAAAUCAAGGGCCUUUUUUACUGUCCUGUGUUCAGAUGUUGAGUGUCAUCAGCAGAGUGGUUUCCUAUGAACUGAUACACUUCGUUUGCUAAGAAGGAAGGCUAAGGCCCUGGUCUAUCUACAGAUGGCACAGUCCUGAGAAGAACCAGCACAUUCUACCCUGGGCAGUGUAGGGAGGUACAGGGUAAAGACUUCACACCUGCAUUCUGUGGUAGACCCUCAUGGAAAAACUGGGUGGUGGCCAGGGAGGCCUAGGCACAGGCAGGGAAGGGCCCCCUUUCAGAGUGGCAUGGCAGGGGGCCACAGAGCCAGAACCUGUCACCACUGAUCUGUCCUCCACUGGCUACCAAAGGAGCAAACCCCAAAGCUCUUGAGUCCUUCCAAUGUCCAGAAACAUGAGGCUAAAAUCUCCUGCUUCACACUGAAGAGUGUGAUGGUUCAGAGCCGGGCUGGGAGCAAGGUUCACUGCUCAGCCAGCCUUGUCUAGCUCCUGCUCUGACUGAGUGUAAAUCUUCUCAUAUGUGGAAAAUGGGUAUAAUCAUGCUUCUCAGAGAGGUGGUAUGAGGAUUAAUCACUGUUAUGGAUGUAACAUACUUAGAUUGAGCCCAGCCCAGGAGGAGAAGUGAGCUGAUGGAAGCAUGGAAGGCCCUGAUAGGUUUAUUCCCCUUGCGAAGUUCUGCUUCCCCUUCACAUAUCACUGCUGGGAGCCAGCCCAGCCUGCCCACCAGGAAUUUCAUUCCACCAUAGCUCUUAGAGGCCGAGGUGGGAAACCUCAAGAAGAGAGCAGUCCAUGAGGAGUUUUGGAGUAGGGACUCGGAAGAGGGACAAGGAUGGAAAAAAGGCUUAGGGAAGAACUGUGGAAUUCCUAGUGAUCCAGAGAGGGCCUGGAAGAAGAGCACCAGCCAGCUGGGAAGACAAGUACUUAGCCUUGAAACAGAGCAACUGUGUACCAGGGCCCAGGCGGGGUAAAUUCCAAGGAGUAUCAAAUCUUUCAAAAAGAGCCAGGCAUGGUAGCUCACGCCUGUAAUCCCAGUACUUUUGGAGGCUGAGGCAGGAGGAUUGUUUGAUCCCAAGAGUUUGAGACCAGCCUGGGCAAUAUAGUGAGACCCUAUUGCUACAAAAAAAAAAAAAAUGUAAAAAUUAGCCACGUGGGGUUUUGCAUGCCUGUAGCCCAAGCUACUUAGGGGGCUGAGGUGGGAGGAUCGCUCCUUGGGCCCAGGAGAUGGAGGCUGUAGUGAGCUGUGACCGUGCCACUGCACUCCAGUCUGGGUGACAGAGUGAGACCUGUCUCAAAAAAAAAAAAAAAAAAAAAAAAUACAGACAGGUAGACUAGGAUGGUAACUGGAAAAAAAAAAAAAAAGCUUUUGAAUGUCUGCCUUUUUGGUGAAAAAGAAUUCAAAUUAAUUUGGCUUUGAGAAUUUAAAAUGCACACAUCAUAAUAAUUGCAUAUACCCCAGAGCAUUGUAAAAUCAGAGUUGGAAAUCUCUUACCAUCUAUACUAUAAAAGCAAGAACCUAAUCUUGCAAGCAGAGUUUUAAAACUCCUGAGCCCAAGGAAGAUAUCAGUCUGCCUGUGAAAUUUGCCUCCAUCCUUCUUGUGAUUAUCUUUUCCCUCCCUAUCCCUUUUUGUCCUUACCUUCUCUCUAGUGAAUGUGAGAAGAGAGGAGGCCUCACAAACCUGAUUUUUUUUUUUCAAAAAUACAAUCCCUAGGAAAACCAAGGAAAUAAAUAAGAAUAGAGAGCGAGCAUGUGCUCAUUUAGGCCCUGUGCCUAAUUUCUUUUAUUCCCCUCUAUGUCUUUUUGGCCCCUUUCAUGACUGUACAACUAAUGCUGUGAUGGUUUUGAAGGUAGUGUUGGUAGCCUAUUGGGUUUGAAGGGAGCCUUUUAUCAUAUCCAUCUUUUGGGAGCUUUUUUCCCCUCUGCAAAUCAAAACAGGUAUUUAAUUCAGGCAUAUUUAAUUUUAAGUGUUAAAAAAAACUCCCAUCGACUAGUAUAACACUACUCAUUUAUUUUGUCCAUCAUUUAGGUGCCAUAGCUCUGGAGCAUAUAAUUUAGGGUUCUGGACUUACUGCAGGUACCUGGAGGUCAUCACCGUUAAGUGAAUGAGUUCAUUAAGUGAAUGAGCCAAUAUUUGAUCAAGCCUUGAAAAUACUAAUAAUUAUGUUCAUGGGCCUGCCUGCUGAGAUUAGAAAAUGAAAAAAAUCUUAAAGCUUUCAUUUCUUGCAUAAGUAAAUAGCCAGAUUUAAUCUUCCUUUCAUCUGUGAUUUAUAUUUAUUACAUUUGGUGAGCUUGGUUAGUGGUUUAGAUUCCUUAGGUUUUUGCUACAUCCAGGUUCCUAUUAUGCAAUCAUCUUUGAUAAAAACUAAUGCAUACAACCCUGGACCCUAGAGUACAACAUGAUGCCAAAUCCCUUUCCAAAUGUGUUUCCUACUAAAGCAAACUAUAUUGAAAGGCACUAAAGAGAAGCAUUCCCUGGUCGCUUCCAAUUGGAAAUAUAUGUAUUUCUUUUUCAUAAAUCACAUUCACAUUUUUCUCUCUGUCUCAUUACCUCUAUUGUGAGCACUCCCUUUGCCCACAUGCUCAUGAGAAAGUGAUUAUGGUGGGUUGUGCCCUCCUUAAGAACAUGGCUGGCAAACAGAGUUUUUUUAAAUGGGUGAUUAUUUGCAUCAAAAUGAGUGCAUUUGGACAUAUUGGCAUGCAUCAAGAGCAAAAUCCAGACAGUGAGAAACUGCAGAUUGGACAGCAAGAGCCUUCAACAGAAAAAUUGUAAGGAAAAGAAUGAGGGGGAAAUUGGUCGCUUAAAAUAAGUUUAAAAGGCAUGCAAAAAAUGGGAGGACUGAAAUGCAGCCUCUGACGAUACACGUGUGGGCGAUGACAUCAUAAACACACACAAGGACACAAAGACUGUGGAGCCAGGAGUCUGCUUACUUUUGGAGGGAGGUGGGUGGCUACAAGCAGACCAGACACAUGGAGUGGGGUGCUUGGCAAAGUUCUGUGUCUCCACCUGCAUGACGGUUACCUGGAUGUUGCCCUUCCCAUCCCUCCCAACGCAGAGCAUCUCUUUCGUGUGGUGUUCAGUGCCCAUGCUUUAUUUUACAAUACAAAGCUUUUCUUUUGAUGAGUCUACUCAGGGUUCACGUAACCAACAGUCUUUCGGGAAUUUCACUUUAGGGAUUAGGGUCUAAUAAUAAAAUGUGUCUCACUUUUCUCACUAAGAGGGAAAUUGAAAUUCCAGCUGGAAAUUCACCAGUAGGAUUGUCUGACAGCUUGGUCAGAAAUUAGAGAAAAAUUUAAAAAGAGGACCAGUGGAUGGGGCUUUUCUAGGCUCUGGCUACAGAAGACUCCCCUGGUCUUUAUUUUUUUCCACGUUCAUUUAUACAGUGAAUUAUAUAGUUAUCACUUAUAGUAAUGGAAUAAGCCCUUGCAAACUCACCUCCUCUAAACAAAAACAAGGACCCUGAUGGCAGCCAUAUUGCUCCCUGCCUUUCCCCUCCUUACCUUGAGUAAUGUUUAAAGAGCACAGAGAUUUGCUUAAGGGAACUCAUCCCUGCUGCCAGCACCCAUUUCCUCUAUACCUGUUGCCCCUGAAAGUGCCAUUCUGAAAUGACUACCCUAGUGGUGUGAUUUAGGAUGUCCUCUAACAUCCCUCCAGCUGGGGUAUCAUUUCUUUAAGGUUUUUUUCCCUAUUAAAUUCAGUGCUUCUAGAGAAGGAAACACCUUAAUAUGAACGAGUUAGGUGAGAGUUCCAAAAGAGGGUAAAACCAUAAAGAGUAUGACUCUGGAAACCGGCGAUGAGGGCACAGGAAGGAAGACCCAAAAAAGAGGUUGCUGGGAGUUUUGCCUUUUCUUUUUUUCCUUGUUGGACCUGGCCUAAACUUGUUGAUAUUUUUCAGCUUAUAUCUGGAAUCCCACUAAAACACAACAUUUAUGUCUGUCCCCAGGGCUGGAUGGUACCCACAGGACUUAGUGCAUAGGCUUGAGUCCAAACAUGUUUGGGAAGAAACAGGCCAGAUUCCACUCCAUGAGGGCAGGGACCUUACCUGGUUUUGCUUACCAUUCAAUUCUCAGUUCUUGGCUCAGUUCUUGGCACAGUGCUUGGCACAUAGUAGGUGCUCAGUGAACAUCUGAUUUAAAAAAUGAACCAAUAGACUGAGUAUGGUGGCUCAUGCCAGUAAUCCCAGAACUUUGGGAGGCCACGGGGAGAGGAUUGCUUGAAGCCAGGAAUUCAAGACCAGCCUGGCCAACAUAGUGAGAUCCUGUCUCUACAAAAAAAUUGAAAAUAUGCUGGGUGCAGUGGCUUAUGCCUAUAGUCCAGCUACUCAGCAGGCUGAGGUGGGAGGGUCACUUGAGCCCAGGAAUUUGAGACUGCGAUGAGCUAUGGAAGGCAGCUAUGCUCACCACUAUACUACUAAUGCUGCACGAUGUAGACCACGGUGAGCUAUGAUCGCACCACUUUACUCCAGCCUGGGCAACAGAGUGAGACUCUGUCUCUUAAAAAAAAGAAAGAAAGAAAAGAAAAGAAAAGAACAAAUAAACAAGGGACCAGACUAACAGCUUGAAGCAAAAGAGAUAGUGCAGAGAUCUUCCAAGAUGGGCAGUGAGAAAGUGUCUGUGGUCUCUCCAGGGGCUGCCAGGGAUGUCCUUCCCCUCUCCUCCACUCCUGAGUGUUUUCCCAUCUGAAGCCCAGGGUCGACCACCUGUGCUCUGUGCCUGCCUAUCCUCAACAGGAAAAUCAACUAGUAUAGAGUUCUUGAGACGUAAGAGCUCUUACCGCAGUCUGUCCCUCUUGCACAGCACGUUUUGGGUCAUAGAAGUAUUUUCCCACAGAUUGUCUAAUUUGUCCUAUACAAUACUCCCAUGCAGUGGGUAAUUCCCACCUUACAGAGAGGAAACUGAGACCGAGAAGGAUUAAAAUGGCUUUUGGGGGGGCAGAGCUGUAACUAGAUCUCAGAACUUUGGAUCCUUACAACCCACAUCCUUUCUACUGCACUGUCCCAGGCACUAAUGCAGACAGAAAGCCUCAUCAGGAUUCAGACCUGCCCUCAAGAAGCUGAAAAUAUGAUUCUGAAAGAGAAAACUCCCAUAAAUAGUGAACAUACCAAUAAACAUAGAGCAGCACUGCCUGAUCCUUUCCCAGUUUUACUCCUCAAGGAUGCUCUGAAAGAUGAGUUCGCUGUUGCUUUUUCUUAGAAGGGUUCUUUCUAUGUAAACUUAUCUCCAGAGUGUAGAAUGGGUGGUUCAGCCUGUCUUCAGCUGUCUGCUGUAAUGGAGAGGAGAGGGAGAGCAUAAAUAAUAAAAACCCAAAGUUAAUCCCAAAGAUCCCAUUUUAGUCACUUGCGUCAAUCUCACACUUCAGCAGACCUCAUUAGAAAUAACCACAUCAUAGAUAGGAAAAAGAAAGCAAAAUAUCUAAAUAAAAAUCCAUCUAUAAACUAGAUAAUCUUCACCUUAUACCAGUGUCAUCUAUAACAGAGUUAAAACUACUAACACAGAAUGACCGUGCUUUUGGACUUUCUUCCUCCCAGACUGUAUCACGUGUAUUCUCUCAUUUGAUGUCUCAAUUAUCCUGUGCAGGAGGUAGGGCUGAUAUUGAGGUUUAGAAAAUUUAAGUGACUUGUGCAAACCCCAGUGGCCACUUAGUUGCAGAGCUGCAACUUGCACCACAGCUCUUUCCAGCCCCCAACUCUUUUCCCACUUCUACAACCACCCCUAUCUCCUCCAAUGGCUUCUCCUUCAGCCGUCCUUGAGAAAGACUCAGCAGCAGCAGCUGAGCCACCUGUGAGUCUGCAGCACUGGCUCUCACCAGCUCUGUGGCUCACAUCACAGUGGUUAAGUGUUCACUGACCACUUGGCUGUGUUACAAUCAUUUAAUUAGUCUGUGUCACAGAGGAAAAGAUGCUUUAUUUAGAAGCCUAAUAGUGAAAACUUCUGAGUCUUCAAUUCACUGUGGUCUUCAAUUCACUAUGAGCUUGGUGGCAUUUGGAUGAUCUUGGGGUCUUCCAGCUGUGCUCUUAAUGCACUUUGUACCGGGAGGAUAAACAAGGGAGGGCUUUGUUCAGGGUGCGGCCACUGUGUUGAGGACUACAGGAAGGUUGUAGCUGGGUUAGCUGAGACAAGACAGACAGGAGGAAGGCAGGAUAAUGAGAAAAGCCACAUUUUAGGACCUUAGGAAAAAUAACCAGACCUUUUUAUGCUCUUCUUGCGAUGAAAAAAGUAUAGAAUUUAUCUUCUUGGGACCUGGGUUGGGGCAGUCUCAAAGUUCACAUCCACGUGUCAGUUGACAGCCAGUGCUUCUCAGCCUCAACUACAUGUUUGAGCCACCUGGGAAGCUAACACUCUGCAUAGUUCCAGUGGUAGCCAAGCAUGGGAAUGAUAGUCAGAGGGUGGUGUGUUGGCUGUCACGCAUCCUAGACUAGGGUGAACUACAUUUCCUAGAAUUCCCUGUCCUGUGAGUUUCUAAUUGGGAUGGAGCCUAAGAGAAAUUCUUGGGAGAUUCCAAGGAUGGAAAGGCAGCAGCACUUUGCAACACAUACGUUGUCACUCAUUUGCCAGCCGGGCCUGCAACUGUUCCACCUUCUGGAUCCUCCUUCAGCUUCUCUGACUCCUGGGCCAGGUGUGUGCAUUUAGCUCCAUGCUGAAGAGCUGCAGCUUCUGCAGGACAUUUGUACCAUCGAGGUCAAAGGCAACAAGAGACAUGAGUUUCAGUCCAUCUUCAUGAGGUUCCAGUUAAGGCCUGUGAAUUCGCAAUUGUUCUCCCCGACUGCCUGUCCUGUGAACCUCACAUACUCACAUCAGAUGCAAAAACAACCACGUUGUAGAAGCUGCUUAACCAGCUCUUACUAUUGCAAAAGGUCAAUACCUGAAAUAAAUUCAUGUAAAUGCUGAUAGAUAUGUCUGUACUGUAUUAAUCCUUGUGUUCUGCUUCUUCCCUUGAGAGCUGAUAUGGGUGGUUUUCAAGAUUAUGGUUGUUUGAAGGAUUGCUAUCUACCGAAGGAGGCCCAGUAUAAGAAAGAGAUUCAAGUGAUUUUGAUCCAUGGAAAGGCAGAGCUGACGGCUCCCUGUCUCUACCCCCACAUCCCCAGGGGGACACCUGAGGGGCACCCGUUGAAAAUCCUUGGUAGAUGAGUAGUCUUCAAGUCUAGUGGUAAAUGGGAGCCCCCUGAGGAGAAUCUGAAAAAUGCAAAUUCCUGGGUUUACCUCAGAUCCAGAAAUCCAGCUAUCAAAUGACCAAUCUGAAGGUGAGACUUUUUUUUUUCUUUGAGACAGGAUCUCACUCUGUUGCCCAGGCUGGUGUGCAAUGGCAAGAUCACAGCUCACUGCAGCUUCGACUUCCUGGGCUUAUUCAAUCCUCCCACCUCAGCCUCCCAAGUAGCUGAAACUACAGGCAUGCACCACCAUGCCCAGCUAAUUUUUUUUGUAUUUUUAGUAGAGACGGGGGUUUCUCCCAUAUUGCCCAGGCUGGUCUCGAACUCCAGAACACAAAUGAUUCACCCGUCAGGCAUGAGCCACUACACCCCAGCCUUUCUGGGGUGCUGGGAAUGUCAUUUCUGAUCCAGAUGCUGGUUACGUGGGGAUUUUGUUUGUGAAUAGGCAUCCAGCGGCACAUGUGUGAUUUGUGCCUUUUCCUAUAUGCAUAACUCCAUUGAGAGUUUUAUAACACUCCCACCUCCCUCCCACCUUCCCAUCCAUCCCUUCCCAUGGAGUAUGGAGUAAUCCCAUACUGCAGUGACUGGCCAAAGCUGAAAGCCACUAGACUGCAUGAUUCCUUAGACACCCUUCCUGGCAAAGUAAAACACGAGAAGGGAAAUAGAAAAAUGUUCAGCAAUUGGGGAGUAGUUAAGUCAAGAUACAUUCAUCAUUCUAAUGAUAUAAUCCUAUGCCAUUAUUACAGCAUUGAAGGAAAAAACAACAGUGAGGCAGCCAGUCAACUUGAAGCAACGAAAGUGGGUUGCAGGAGCUAUGAGAGAAGCCAGUUUGAAAAUCACAUUGGAACCAGAUCAUGGAAGGCUUUGAAUGCAAACUGAGGAAAAGGAAAAGCCACUUGCCAAAGGAGUGAUUGAUAAAAGUAACUUUUUUUUUUUUUUUUUUUUUUGAGACAGAGUCUUACUCUGUCGCCCAGGCUGAGGUCCAAUGGCGCAAUCUCGGCUCACUGCAACCUCCACCUCCCGGGUUCAAGUGAUUCUCCUGCCUCAGCCUCCCAAGUAGCUGGGAUUACAGGCGCCUGCCACCAUGGCCAGCUAAUUUUUGUAUUUUUUAGUAGAGACGGGGUUUCACCAUGUUGGUCAGGCUGGUCUCGAACGCCUGACCUCAGGUGAUGCACCCGCCUCUGCCUCCCAAAGUGCUGGGAUUGGUGGCUCACACCUGUAAUCCCAACACUUUGAGAGGCCAAGGAGGGAGUUCAAAACCAGCCUAGGCAACAUAGCAGACCUUGUCUCUACAAAAAACAAUCAAAAAUUAGCCAGGUGUGGUGACACGUGCCUGUAGUCCUAGCUAUUCAAGAAACUGAGGCAGGAGGAUCACUUGAGCCGGGAGGUCAAGGCUGCAGUGAGCUGAGAUCUCAUCACUGCACUCAGCCCGGGCAAUAGAGUGAGAUCCUGUCUCAAAAAAAAAAAAGAGCAAUUAUAAAUCUAAAAUUAUAUUAUCCAUCAUAUUUAACUGCUCACAAAGUAUGUUGUUUGAAACACAAACUGUUAACAAUGAGCAGGCCCUGGGGCUGCAAACAGGGACUUAACCUUCCUUGGAAGUCAAGACAGACUUUUCAAUCUCAGCUUCUUUCUAAAGUGCCUGCAGUCUACACAUGGUUCAAAGUGCACUUAAAUGAGUGGAAAGAAAAAAGUCAAUCCCAAGUUCUCCCAUUUUGAAGACCUCAUAGGUUCCUGUGGGGUACAGCUGUUAAAGGCAAAUUAAGAUUUUAGGUGUAUCGUGCAGGUGCAUAGUGCAGGAAGAACCUUCACAGACUAGUCCAUUUUUAGGCAGUAAGUGCCCAGAAUACAGCCAACAGUGAUCCUCAACGGUGGGUUUGGACCUGGGGGAGAAGGAAGCAGGGAGAACAACAGACAAUUGUGUUGAUUUACAGUCAUCUCUGAAGCUUUUUGAAAUAAAGAAGUGGAGACCCUACCUGAGACCUGCCAAGUCAGAAGCCCCACAAGUGAUCUGGUGCUGCCCAGAUGAAAUCAACCUAAUGCUGUCUACUACUUUCUUUAAUAUCCAAGGAUAUGAAAGAUAUUAAUCCGGGGAUAUUAAGGGAUACAACCUCUCACUCUUUUUUUUUUUUUUUUUUUUUUGAGACAGAGUCUCACUCUGUUGCCCAGGCUGGAGGGCAGUGGCUCAAUCUCACCUCACUGCAACCUCUGCCUCCUGGGUUCAGGUGAUUCUUGUGUGUCCCAUACAACCUCUCUUAGUGGCCCCUUUUCUCAGGGUGACAACUGUGUGUACAUCCUGCCCCUAUCUCCACCCCCAAAUGACAACUCCGAAGACUAGAACUCUUGAGCUUUCAAAAUAAAGGUAGAAUUAGACUUAAAAUCAUUGGUUAAGGACUAAAGAUAUUGUCAAACUUCUUUUGAAAAGCCCAUUUUCUUUCUCAUUCUUGUUUGACUUGCAGUAUGAUGAUUUUACCCUUCCUUACUCUCCUGUACUGUAACUAUACCCUAAACUCUAUUUUGAGGACUAUCCAGAGAAAAUUCUUUAAUCCUGCAAGGAAUUUCCUCUGAAACCCAAAACACUUCCAAACAUUUCUCCACCAACCCCUUGGCCUGUGCAGACAGAAUCUAAACUCAUAUUAACAUUAGUCUCAGUCUAAAAUCAUCAACAAGACAAAUCUAAUAAGGAAAACAGUAAGGUGGGGCAUUCCAAAGUGAGGGGCGAAUUCCUGUGCACCCAAGCUGUUCCCUUCCUUCUCCUCAUGCAGAUAAUUUAGAAUGGUGCCCAAGCAUUGUCUCUCCCACUCCUCACAUUCCUCCCCAGCAGAGGGCCUUUCCCCAAACACUCUGAAAGCUCUUUUCAUUUGCAGUUUUUUCUUACUAACAUUUUUCAGGAAAGGAAAGUUUACUUUAGUGUGCCCUGCUGCCUCAUGAGACCAUCUGACGAUCUCCUUAUCUCCGGGGUGGGCCCGGCUCUAGAGACACAGGCAGUCCUGUCCACACUUGGCCCUGAGUGCUGUUUUGCUCAGCUCCCCAGAGAGUUUCAAGUGGCAGAGGUACACAGUGCAAAAGCCCCAAGCCUCAGGCCUGAGGGAGAAGACUCUGGAAGCAGGAGGGUGAGCCUCAGCUUUCUAGCUCAGUCAUACACAGGCCCAGGUAACCAGGGGGACACCUAACUGUGUCACUGGCAGGAGGAUUCCUGCAACAUUGGUGCUGGGUCUGCAGAGAUCUCACGAGGGCAUAGCGUAGGACCUGUCCAUUUGUGUGGUCCAACAGGUAACAUCCAAUCAAAUGGAACUACAGAGCCAUGCAGCUGGAGAGAGAUCUCUAAGAUGGUCGGAUCUAACCUCCCCAACCCUUUAUUGCAGUAGAGCAACUCGGGACCUACUGAGACCAGACAGGCAACCCAGCCAGAGUCUCACAGGUAGAGAAGAGCUGGACCACUCUCCUAGACAUUCCAGGUCCAGCAUCCCACCGCUGCCCUUUGUCCCUUGUCACAAAUGCAGACUAAGUCUGCUCUGAAUAUGUCUUCCCAUAAUCAUUUUAUUAGAGUUGGGUGUUGUGUGUGCAAAAAUCAUGCUCAAUGUGUUUUUCCUUUGCUCUUACACCACAACAAUCAUCAACAGAAGACUUCUUUUUUUUUUUGAGAUGGAGUUUUGCUCGUUACCCAGGCUGGAGUGCAAUGGCACGAUCUUGGCUCACCGCAACCUCCACCUCCCAGGUUCAAGCAAUUCCCUUCCUCAGGCUCCUCAGUAGCUGGGAUUACAGGCAUGUGUCACCACACCUGGCUAAUUUUGUAUUUUUAGUAGAGACGGAGUUUCUCUAUGUUGGUCAGGUUGGUCUUGAACUCCUGACCUCAGGUGAUCCGCCCACCUCAGCCUCCCAAAGUGCUGGGAUUACAGGUGUGAGCCACCACACCCGGCCAACAGAAGACUUCUAAGACCAAACAUGUUGGAGUUUUUCCCACCACCAAGCAAGCAAUCACUUCCACAGUGGACACCAGCUGAAUGUCCUUUAAUUCAAUUCUGACGCUAUCUACCUAGACAUUGCAUCAGAUGCCAUAGGGUGAGGGCUCAGUCCCCAAGACUCAGUCCCCCGACUGUCCCACCAGUUGCAAGUCUGGGCCUCCAGAAUUUCUGGCCUACUGGCUUCAAGUUGGGACUCUUGCAACACCCUCUUUGGGUUCAAUUAAUUUGCCAGAGUGGCUCACAGAACUCAGGGAAACACAUUUACUGGUUUAUUAUAAAGGAUAUCUUAAAGGAUACGAAUAAACUGCCAGAUAAAGAGAUACAUAAGGCAAGGUCUGGGAGGGUCCCGAGUACAAGAAUUUCUGUCCCUAUGGAGCUAGAGUGUGCCACCCUGCCCUGAAAGUGAGUUCCUCUUAAUCUUUCUGUAAGCAUCCACGUGUUCAGCUAUCCAGAAGUUCUCCGAACCCUUUUGGGUUUUUAUGGAGGCUUCAUUAUGUAGGCAUGAUUGAUUAAACCACUGGCCAUUAGUGAUGAACUCAACCCUCAGCCUCUCUCCCCUCCCAGAGGUUGGCAGGUGGAGCUGAAAGUCCCCGCCCUCUAAUCCUGCCUUGGUCUUUCUGGUGAACAGCCCCCAUCCUGAAGCUACUUACCCGCUGCCAUCAGUCAACUCAUUAGCGUGCAAAAGACAUCAUUUUGGCGCUUCUAAGGAUUUUAAGAAUUGAAUGCCAAAAAAUGGGUUGAAGACCAAAUAUAUAGUUCACAAUAUCACAGGGGCAAAUAUGUUUUUCUGUUUUUAAUUCAUUGGACAGAUAGCGCAUGUAUCUACUACAAAAUUCAAAAAAAUCACAGAAGGGUAUACAGUGAAAAGUCUCCCUCCUACUCCUGCCCGCAGUCACCCAUUCACCAUCGCAGAAGGCAAGGCUGUUCCAUCCUCCCAAAGAUAAGCAAGUAUAUAUGUGUAUAUUUUUCCUUUUUAAAAUAAAUGAGUGUGCAUUUUAUACAUCAUUCUGCUCCUUGCUUUUUGACUUAAUAAUGCAUUCAUUUAUUAAUCCAGUAAAUACAGUACUAAGAAGAUCCUAUUAUGUGCCAAGCAGUGGCUGGGAUUCACAGAGAACCACAUAGAUUCCCUGUGUCUAGAAACUUCCUGGGGGAUAUAAUAGUAAACAAAGAAGUGUAUGAUGUCAGGUGAAGAAAAGUCAGUGCAGGAAGGGCAGAGUGCUCUUUUGCACAAGGUAAUCAGGGAGUGCAGUCGGCGAGAGGGUCUUGUAGAUACUUGGCCAAAGGACUCUAGGCAGAGAGGGCACCAGGGGAGAGACGCUGAAGCUGGGGGCAUGCCAGGCUCUCAUGCCCCUGGGACAACACAGGGAUGAGAUGCCUGAAGUGUCAAGGAGUGAAGAAUGUGAGAAAAGAGAUUGACUGCUCAGGGAGGGAUCCAGUCAGGUAAAUCCUUCUAAGGAUGCAGAUUUUAUUAUAAGUGACACAGAAGCCCUUGGAUGGUUCUGAGCCAGAGAGAGACAUGCUCACUGCGGUUGUUGGGUAGGCAAUGCAGUGUAGACACGGGAAAGGUGGGAACAGGGCACCGUCACAAGGUGCUUGUAAAAGUCCAGCUGAGCAGUCCUGGUGGCCUGUAUCAGCCUGGUGGUGGCGGCACUGAGGAAAAGCCAGAUUCUGAAUAUGUUUGGAAAAUAGGGCCCACGUGAUUUCCUAGGAUGUGGAGUGUGAGAGAACAACAGGAGGUUAGCUGAGCCUGAGGUUUUGGCCUGAACCACUGGGGGAAUGGUCCACUGAACCUGAGACAGGGAAAAGCAGGGGAAGGGAGAAAUCUAACCUUUGGUUUGGGACAUGUUAUGUUAGAGGUGCUGAGUCAAUGUUCAAGAACUGGCAGUUGGAUAUAGGAGUGUGGACCUCAGGUGGAGGUCAGGGUUAGAGAGACAAAUUUGAGGCCCAUUCACACAUAGGUGUUACCUAGAGCCCUGGGAACAGAUGGGAUUAGAGCAGCUUCCUGACAUUUUUCACAUCAUAGCUCCACUCUGGGUAAACAGAAAGUAAGACUGGGACUCCAGGGCCUCCUGCCCCUCCCAACAGGCCCAGCAUCGUCCCAAAGGCCAAGGGGAUUGGUUGCACCUGCCACUCCUUUGCAGCUUCUUGCAUUGCGUGGCCAUGCAGUGUGAAGUAGGGGAAAGAGCCCCUAGAACACAGGGCAGCUCAGGAACUGGUCAGCUGGGUGACAACAGCUGUGGACCCCUCUCAGCCUGGUUGCAGCACCCAGAAGUUUCAAAUUAUGUGGUCUCUGAGGACCCUUCCUUCCAGCUGUAAUGUUAUUUGCCUGUAAGUUAAGUGGUAUGAGGCGUACAAACGGAAUUCCCGUACACGGCCCACAUGAAAAAAUACAUUACAAGGAUGUUAAAAGAGAAAGAGGAAAGAGUGUAAUCAAUUGUGGAGUGCUUUUCUGGGGAGAGGAAGUUAAUUUCAAACUUAUCGAAAAGUUGCAAAAACUGUCCACCCCCUCCCCUAUAUAUAUGUGUAUCUAUACAGAUUGGUUUUUAAAUAUAUAUUUAUAUUUUUAAUUUUUUCCUGACCCAUUUAAGAGUAAGUUGCAAAACUGUAUCCCUUCACCCCUUAAUAUUUCAACAUGUAUUUUCUAAAAACAAAGAUACUCUCUUACAUAACCAGAGUACAAUUAUCGGGAAACUAACAUCAUUGAUUAAAGCUUAUUCAAAUUUUGCCAGUUAUCCCUUAGGGCAAAAAAUAGUUGUUGGCCGGGCACAGUGGCUCACGCCUGUAAUCCCAGCACUUUGGGAGGCUAAGGCAGAUGGAUCACCUGAGGUCAGGAGUUCAAGACCAGCCUGGCCAACAUGGUGAAACCCCAUCUCUACUAAAAAUACAAGAAUUAGCUGGGCGUGGUGGUGGGCGCCUGUAAUCCCAGCUACUCGGGAGGCUGAGGCAGGAGAAUCGCUUGAACCCUGGAGGCGGAGGUUGCAGUGAGCCGAGAUUGUGCCACUGCACUCCAGCUUGGGUGACAGAGGGAGACUCCAUCUAAAAAAAAAAAACAAAAAAAAAAAGUAAAAAAAAGAGUAUUAAUCCUGGAGUACAUAUUGCAUUUAGUUGUGUCUCUUCAGUCUCUGUCAUUCAUGGCCUUCAUGUUUUUAAAGAUUUCAAGUCUUGGAUUUGGUUUACCUGGUGAUUCCUUGCAAUUGGAUUCAGGUUUUGCAUUUGGGGGUGGAAGACUUUUUUAAGGGGGUAAGAUCUAAGUCUGGCAAGUUGGGAUGAGCCCAGAGGGAGAUCAGGACAGUGCUGCUGACACAUGGAGAACAAGCCCUUUGGGUGGGGGCUGGGCAGCUCAGAAACCUGAAUAUUCCCCUAAAAAAAGAAUAUUCCCCUGGUGUGGGCACAGAGCAUGUUAAAUAUACUCUAAGCUCUUGGGCAAGAUAAGGGACUCUCUCCCUAGCGGAUUUAGUCUCCCACAACCAUUUAGAUAAAUGGUUGUGCAUGUAAAAUGGAUUAAUAAUGUCAGUGUUUGGAAAGUGCCUGCCCAGAGUAAGCCCUCAGCAUGUGGUAGCCAUUUUUGUAGUGUAGAAGGACACAGACCCAGGUUAUUCUGAAUAUAUCUAAUAGAUCAUUGUUUCUGUGUAGGGAUGUGUUGUCUCAUUUAAUCCUUUGGUGACUUGAGAGGUGAUGACGUUUCUGUUGUUUUACAAAUGGGAAAACUGAGGCACAAGGAGCACAGCCAUUUAGAGAGAGAACUGGGCAUUGAACCAGACCUCAGCCAUCAAGCUCACGCUGCAACGUGCUGUUUCAAACCCAUUAAAGGGUUUUCUCCGCAAUCAGUCCUUGCUUUGCUUUGCUCAAAACAAGACUUAAAUAAAGACGCCAGCUCCAUUUUCCACUCAUGUCAGUGAUUGAUACUUGAUUAAUGUUCAGGAUUGCUGUCAUCUAGAGCAUAAUUUUCGCAGAUGCAAAGACCAAUUUUGUUGUUACUGAGGCGGAAAGAUCUAUUUCCUCAUAAGUUAGUAAGCAGAUUUGGAGGGAAGCAUGAACCACAGGGUGUCUUGCUGACUGAUUCUGAAAGGAAGCUGUGCCACAUUUGGCAUUGUUAGCAUUUAUGGCUGGUGGGUCAGAAGGUCCAAGAAGGCCACAUGAGUGUGGCCACCUCCUAGGCUGCUGCAAUGCAGCUAUGUAACAUUCAGCAUAGUCACGGACUUCUAAAGUGAUCAUAUCUGCUUUCUCAGUGUCGCCCUGAGUGGCACAGGGAACCUUGGAGAGCUCCCUUCCUUGACUUUCCAGAGGUGACAGUGAUUGUUAGAGUCCUGUAAACUGCCUCCUUAUGCAACCGAGAAUUCUCCUGAAGAAGACUUGCUGCUUGUCAGAGACAGUGAGCCAGCCGGCAGCCUCCCUGGGACUCUUACUCAGGUGCAGCUGAAGGAGUACUGGGUUCCAAUCCAGCUUCCUGCCACACACUGCCUAACCGCUCUCAGCUGUUGGCAAUAGGAGCAAUGUGCUGAGUACCUGGCCCCAGUUCUUGGCACAGAUAUGUAAUCAUUCUUGGUUUUUCUUCUCCUUUAUUUUCUGUCUGUUCUUUGCCUCUGUGUGGAUCCCCUGUACCUCUUCCCCUUCUCUGACUCCCUCAGUAAAAUCAAGAGUUAUUUUAUACCAAAAUAUAAAUCAAUUACAGAAGCUGGGAGGCCAGAUCUGAGAGCUCCCACUCAUCUCUGACCAGGAGAGGAAAAGACCCUUCAAAUUCUAGUUUGAAAAGCAAUGAGCUUGACCUUCAGAGGUUGGGCUGCCCACAAAGAAUCACUUCCUAAUUUUGGCUGGGGAGAUAAGGACUGGAAGUUGGGGAGGGCAUAAGCAUGUUGAGAGGGGGAGAGGUGAAUCCUGGGAUGCUGGAAGAUACUCGUCAAGGGAAGCUAUAGGAUCCCUAGCCAGUGACCUGUUUUGGAGGAGGGCCCAGGCUGUGCGUAUGUGUUUGGGAAGUGGGGGUAAUGGCUGGCCAUCUUAUGUUUAAAAUUAAAAUAGCUUCCCUGGAAGUAUGAAUAUGGAAAAUAAACAGUCUGCAAGCUUAGAUAAAUGGUUGUGCGUGUAAAAUGGAUUAAUAAUGUCAGUGUUUGGAAAGUGCCUGCCCAGAGUAAGCCCUCAGCAUGUGGUAGCCAUUUUUGUAGUGUAGAAGGACACAGACUCUGGAACCAAAUUGCCUGCAUCCCCAUCCCAGCUCCAACAUUUCUAGUUGUGCAGCCUUGGGAAAGUUGCUCCACCUCUGUGUGUCUCACUCUACCUUUAUGUGUCUCACUCAGUUUUCUCUUCUGUAAAAUGAGCAUAAGCAUAGUACACACAUAAUAGGGUGGUUGUGAAAAUUGGGUGGAUUCAUGUACAAAAGGCAAAUGCCUCGCAUAUGUUAAGCUUGAGGUAAGGGUUAUUGCCUAUUGUACUGAUGAGAGAGUCCAUAUGAAAAUUGCCACUGGUUAUUGCUCCGAUGCAGGCAUAUUUGAGGACACCAACAAAAAGGCUGGUAAUCUUGAAAUUAGAUCACAAGCUUUAUUUCAAGGCUAGAUCUCUGCAGAAGAUAAAGCCAGGCAUCUCAACUGUGGGUUAAGAGUCACCUGUAGGACAGAGCAUGCUUACUCUUCUGAAGUUCUAGCUCUUGAAAGGAGACAGUUGGGGCUCUUUGCCUCUGUUCGUGACAAUGUGUCCUUCGAACAAGGAUCUAACACCACUGCAUUAGUUUGCGAGGGCUACCAUAACAAAGUGCCACAAUCUGGAUAUCUUAAGUGACAGAAAUGUAUCUCACAGUUCUGGAGGCAGGAAGUCCAAGAUCAACAUGUCAGCAGGAUUGGUCCCUUCUGAGGGCUGCAAGAGAGAAUCUGCUCCCUGCCUCUCUCCUGGCUUCUGGUGGUUUGCUGGAAGGCUUGGGCAUUCCUUGGCUUGUAGAUGCCUCACCCCCAUCUCAGCUUUCAUCUUCACCAGGUGCUCUCGCUGUGCAUGUCACUCUCUAUGUCCAGAGUUCCCUCUGUAAUGACACAGUCAGAUUACAUUAGGUCCCACCCUCAUGACCUUGUCUUAAUUUGGUCAUUUGCAAAGACUCUAUUUCCAAAUAAGGUCACGUUCACAGGUGCUAGUGUUUAGGACUUCAACAUCUUUUAGGGAGAGAACCCAUAAAACUCACAAUUCCUCCACCCAUGUCUGAAUUGCUGACACUGCCUUCCAGCUGGCCGAUCCAUCACCCCUCUCUUCCCAUCCCACUCACCUUCCACACGGGCUGAAAAAUCAUUCUUCGACUGCAUUUUCACCACGGAGGCAUCGUACUGAUACUUCUAUCAGAAAAGAACGUCAAGCUCAAAUGUGUCAAAAUCAAACACUAUCCUGUUGAAAGGCAAGCUUGUAUAAUGUUGUAGGGAGAGGAUAUGACCUGGUUAUUGGGUAAAGAAAACUAAGGCUUUAUUUUGUGUGACAGACUCUCUGUUGGCCCAGUGCUCUGACAGAAGUUCAGUGGGGGAAGGAGAGAAAUGGCCAUUUGAGGUCAUUUGAGUUGGAUUUAGAUGAGCCUGAUACACAAGACCCUCCCGGAGCUCUGUUCUGUCCUGAGAGGAGGCCCACAGUGCCAAAGAAUUCACAUCUAGAGCUGAGCCUCCGCACAUCCCCACUCUGCUGCAGCCCAGCCACGUGAACUUGGACCUGCCUUUCUGGGGCUUAGGGUUCUCACUGGUCCUGAGGAAGGCUUCAGAAUGGAGCAACCACCGGGCGCGGUGGCUCACGCGUGUAAUCCCAGCACUUUGGGAGGCCGAGGCGGGCAGAUCACGAGGUCAGGAGAUCGAGACCAUCCUGGCUAACAUGGUGAAAACCCAUCUCUACUAAAAAUACAAAAAAUUAGCCAGGCGUGGUGGCGGGUGCCUGUAGUCCCAGCUACUCAGGAGGCUGAGGCAGGAGAAUGGCUUGAACUCAGGAGGCGGAGCUUCCAGUGAGCCAAGAUCGCACCACCGCACUCCAGCCUGGGCGACAGAGUGAGACUCCAAAAAAAAAAAAAAAAAAAAAAAUGAAUGGAGCGACCUUUGACUGAGCAGCUGCUGUGUGUAUGUAACUUCCUCUCUAAUCCUCACAACAAGCUGCUAAGGUGGAUGUUGUUAUGCCCAUUUCAUCCACAGGAAACUUCAGAGAAAUUAAGAGACCCCAAAGCCCACAUUUUUUGUGUUACGUCACCCUGCCUCUUUAACUAACUCUUGGAUCAGUGGUUUUUCCAUCCCAGCUACAUAGUCCAUUCACUUGGGAGAACUUUGGGUUAGCGGUUUAGCAUCUCUGGGAGUGGAUACUGGUAUUUUGUGAGUGCUUUCCAAGCAAUUUGAUGUAUUUCUAGUGUUGAGAACCACUGCUGUAAAUGCUUUGUGGAUCUUGCCUGUUCUGGAAGCCCCAGAGAGUGCACGUUGCCUCUGUGAUCGUCGCUAAACUCCUCAGCCUGGAGUCUUGAGCCUUCCACUAACCUCUCUUCUCCUUUCCAGCUUUCCCAACCAGUGUCCCUUUGUUGUAGUUUCACAUGUUGUGAUCAGCUGCCCCUUGGGUUCCUUAUGGGUUGGACAGGUCAGCAUGGUGCUGUCUGGCCUCUGCUAGGUGACACAGAUUCUGGCUUUCUGGCCCUGACUUUGUUCUUGAUUCAGAGAUUGUCUGCACCAGGUUUUACAAAUUAUCUUAACCCACUAGUGUAUCAUGAAAUCAGCAGAGUGGUACAUUUGAAAAUAAAAGAAGGAAACAGAGUGGAUCACAGUAAGGGAAAGGUGUGGAGCUAUAUAUACAGUAUAUAGUCUUCAUGAAAAGUACUUAAUAUUUCUUACAGCAGGUUCCAGUGCAGUCAAAAAUGUUUGAACUGUUGAAUGUUUGAAUGAAAUGUUUGAACCUAUACCAACACAUAUUUAUCAUUGCUUUUAGAACCUGGGGCAAAAUUCUCCUUCUCUUAAGAUCAUGGAAUAGUAGAGGAAAAGACCUAGAGGUCAUGUUGCCGACUGAUCCCCAAUACCAGGGCCAGGCGGCUACACAAGGAUCCCUAGGGAACUUGUUGAAAACGCUGAUUCCUCAGGCCCAGUGCUGGGAAUUAUAAUUCACUUGGUCCAGGAAUGUGUAUUUUCUGAUUCUGAGUUUCAUGAACCUCUGAUCUAAUCUACUUUCUUCAUUUGAUAUUGAAUGACAUGCCCAAGGUCACAUAGCUCAUUAGUGACAGAACUGGGAUUCUCCAUCCCUUGCCCUCCUCCGUCUUUUCACUCCACCAGUUUCUAGAGAAGAGCAAGGCAGUGGUUCUGGCCCAGACUGCAAGGUAAAAUUAACUGUAAAAGUUUUUGAAAAUGUGGUUGCCCUGGCUAGCCCCACCCCAAACCAACUAAGCCACAGUCUAUGGAGGUGGGCCUGAAUGUCUGGCCUUCUGGGCGUGCUUCUCAAACUUUAGGGUACAUGCAACUCACCUGAGGAUCUUGUUAAAAUAUAGGUUCUUCUUCCAUGGGUCUGGGGUGGGGCAUUUCUAUUAGGUUGGUGCAAACGUAAUUGUGGUUUUUGCCAUUAAAAAUGGGAUUUGAACCCAUUUUUAAAAAUGGCAAAAAGCGUGAUUAAUGGGCUCCCAUUGAUGCUGUUGCUUGUCCAGGGACCACGCUUUCUGUAGCAAGGCCUUAAGGCAUGGUUCCAGGUCCCUAAAAGCCUGAAGAUUUCUACACCUCUGCCAGCAUCUCCCUUGCCUAGCUCAGAUUGUACCUUCCAGAUUUGCAUUUGAUCACUCUUCAGCAGUGAUUUUCCACUGUAUCAUUUGUUAAAAGUCAGCCUCCCUAAGUAUCUUGUCAGAAGGGAUGGACCUUGGUUGCAAAUUUUUCCCCCUUGCCCUCCCCACCUCAUCCACCUAGUACUGUAUUCUUCUCUACAAUGUUUACUAAGCUUUGUAACAAGCUCCAUGACCAACUUUGGCUUAGCGCUCUGCAUCCAGCAAAUAGUUAUGGCACAUCCAACUGGAUGGGAUGCAAAGGUGCACCAGACCCACAGCCUUUCUUGGAGGAGCUUAUUGUCUGGUAGGUGUAGUAAGAAAAAUAAAAAAGUCAUUAUAGCUCAUGCCUGCUGAGAGGCACAGAUACUGUGCAGAGGGGUUGAGAGCAGGGAGCCGGAUUACAUGGGUUCAAAUCCCAACUCAACUACUAGACAGUUGUGUAGUCUUGGAAAAAUCCUUGAUCGUCAAUUUCCCCAAUUACAAAAUAGGGAUAAGAAUAGUACAUAAUUCACAGGAUUCUUUUACAAGUUAAAUCAGUUAACGAAUAUCAAGUGCUGGCAAGUAUAUGUGAGUGCUAGUAUGAUUUAGUUAUAUUGCUGGUAAGUAUAUGUGAGUGCUAGUAUGAUUUAGUUAUAUUGAAAGCAGUAUCAUGACAUUUGUGCUAGACCUUGAAGUAUUCAUCACAUUUUGAUAUUCAGAAGUGGAGAAAGGGCACUCCUGGUGGUGGGAGCAACAUGGGCAAAGGCAGAAAGGCAGACAUACAAUGACAUAUAGAGCUAGGAGUUUAGUUUGACUGACACAGCAGUAGUGCUGAGGGGAGCAGUAGCAAAUGGGCUUAGAAAGCCACUUGAUGUCAGUUGGUGGAAAUCCUUCAAGGCCACACGAAAGAGUUCAGCUUUUGUUCUGGAAGUGACAGAGAGCCGUCCUGGAAGAUCUUUUAAAUCUAUCUUUUCAUACAAAGGUUGCCCAGUGUGAUGUGGCUGUGAGUAGAGCAUAAUAACCACUCACCCCUUUUAGGUGGUUGUGGUUAUUUUCUUCAUCCCUAUUCGUGUCUGCUUCAUGUUGCUGGUGUGGGCUUCUCAUUGUCUGAGUGAACAUUCAAAACAAGUAAGUAACCUUGGGCCAGGUCACCAAAAAGAUUACAUAGUACAGAAUCCUCCAUGUAGACAUUGGAACUCAUGGCCCCAAGUCUCUGGGCCACUCUUUGCCAUUGGAAUCUUGUCACCUUCCAGCCACAAAAUUCUUAAAAGAUCAUACUCCCCCCUUACGAGCUUUGAGCAGGAACCUGCAGCUCCACGCUGUUGUUACUCCUUCCGCCCCUUCAUUAUUUUUAUGUUUUGUUUUGUUUAAUGAGAAUUUGGGGUUAGCUAUGACAUCACUCCCACCUCCAAUUAAUUUUAUACCCAAGGCAGCACAUCUUAGGACACAAGGAGGAGAGGGUGGGUGAAGAGUCCCCCUCCCCUCUAAGUCUUAACCCUAUAUGGUCAAAUGAUAGGCUAAUUCUUAACACACACACACACACACACACACACACACGGGCACGUUAGUAGGCAGCAUUCUAGAGCUGCAUGCUACUAUGUGACCUAAUGGCAAAUUGUUUAACUUCUCUACAUAGCCAAGUGUAGCAUGAGGAUUAUAAGAGUAUCUACUUCGUGGAAUUGUCAUGAGGAUGAACUGAGUUUAGUACAAGUAAAGCAGUUAGGACCGUGUGCUCUGCACAUGAUCAGUGAUCAAUAAGCAUUAGCUAAUAUUGUUACAAUGGAGGAAGUUUGAAAAGUUUAUUAGAGUAAGAAGGAAGAUUUAAUCACCAUUUGGGAAAGGCACAAAAGAGUUUAUCAAAGCAUUGUAUGUGAAAAUCUAUGGCAAUACAUUUGAAAAUCUAGAGGAAAUGGAGAAGUUCUUGGCAAAAUAAAAUGUCCCCAAAGAGGUGGAACACCUGAAUAGACCAAUAAUCAUAAAAUACAUUAGAAAUUUUAUUAAAGAGAUUCCCUUUUUUAAAAGUCCUCAUGGUCUUAUAACCGGGUACUAGCUAGUCUUCAAAAACCAGAUAGAUCCUUUGUUAUUCAAACUAUUUCAGACCAUAGCAUAAGAUGAAAAUUUCCCACAAUUCGUUUUAUGAAGCCAGCAUGACCUGAAUACCCAAACCUAAAAAGAACACAUCUCUUCUAUCUCAAAAGCUUUGAGAAAAAAAGGUUAUCUUAACAGAGAAAGAUGGAGAAGAAAGUAAGACUCUGUGUGCACAACAUGUACUUGCUUUAAAGCAGUGGGUCUCCACCUGGGCAGCACCAGCCCCCACUCCCAGAGAUCCUGAUUUAAUUAGUCUGGGGAAGAGCUGGUCCGUAAAUAUGUUUUCCAGCUCUCUGGAACAAUUGCUUUAGGGGAACUGGAAAUUAUAUAAGCCCACAGGCCUGGUUUACAGCUCCAAUCUGUCCCAUCUCAACAAAAGUUCAAGAAGAGACUUUUUGCCCAAACUUUGGCAUGAUCAGAGGUAAGAGAGCCAUUCUUUGGCCAUAGAUGUGCCAAAUCUCCCAUCAGAGCCUUAAACAUGUUCCACAAAACUGCAAUUGCCAUAGCUUCAGAGACCAGAGACCUAGCCAGGAACAAACCACUCAUAUUUUUAAGUUCUGGGCCAGCAACCUUGCCUGCUGCAAAAGAAGGCCAGGAAAACCCAGAGAGAGUUUUCAUCACUAGAAUCCAAUGGGAUUUUAAUGACAGACCUGUUCAUUAUCGUGCUGCAAGGUAAUUAAGCACACGUGGCAAACAGUUCACAUAAAUAAUUAAAUAGCAAUGUGUGCACACAGUCAAUCCAUGUUUUCAGCUUCCCUGUUCCUCAUGCAUUCUGCAUUUCCUAUAUUCAGCCCCAAUAUGGAUAGGACUGUUGCCACUCGGUGACUGAAGCCUCAUCACUCAGUCCUGGGAAGCCCACAGAAGAGGGAGGGACUGGAUCCUAUUUCUCCAGUGGUUGGUGUCCCCUGACAAGGAACUCUAGAGUCCCUUUGGAUCACCCAUCUUCAGAAGCCAAGAAAAUGAUUAGCUUUACUGUCUGUCUUCAGCCCCAGUUUUUAAGGGUAAAUCUAGUUUCAAUCCCUUGUUUCAUUAAAUAAUAAGUAUAAGGCAACUUGAACAAUUCUUACCAUAAAACAAUAUCAAAAAUAAAUAAGUGAGUGGAUUGGUGGCUUAGGUUUGAUUAAUAUAGAUUUGAUUAAUUAAUAUAUGAUUAAUUAAUUAUAUUCCUGUAUACCCCACACUACCUCCCAUCCAUAGCAGGAAAUCUCACUGGGUCCUCAGAGUCAUUGCAACAUUCAACAAAGUGAAAAGAAAAGACAAAUAAUGCCAAGGGGUGGUGCUGAAAUGGUCUAAUGUCUGGUGUUUGCUUUAUAAUCUUCCCAAAAAACAACAUUUAGGGGGUGGGAAUAGAUUAAACAGGAUUAACAGGAUAUUAAUUGUUGAAACUGGGUAGUAGGCAUAUGUGGUGUUUGUUGCACUUUUCUCUUUUUGUGUAUGUUUGAAAUUUUUCCAUAAAUUCAAAGCAUACAAGGGAGAAUGUUGGGUCCAGUCUUUCUUGCCAGCUACAAGAUCUCAUCGCAAAGGUCUCUAUGCCUAUUGCCAGAGCCCUCUUGAAUAAAGUGUGCCUUACCAUGUUAAAAAAAUAAUAAUAAUACAAGAGAAAGACAACAUGUUAAUAGGGAUGAGCUUCCAUUAGCACAUAACUUGAUGGAAGGUCCUGGACCCUGAAAUCACGGGGAAUAUCCCAAAAGAAGGACUGGAGUCUCAGUGUAGAUACGCUUCUUGUGGUUGGCAGUGUUUAUACAAUGCCUGGCUGAGCUAGUACUGUAUAAAAGGUAUCCAGCAGAUAUCAUCAUUAUUAUUGUAGAUGUUGUUAUUAUAGCCCAGGACAAGGGGAUCUAGUGGGAAAGUGGCUGAGGAAAAAAGGAUUUCUUCGAGGUAUUUAAUUUGAAAUUGUUUUAGCCCUUAUAGAUGAGAAUGCACAGAGGAGAAGUGUGAGUCUUUGUUCCCAUAGAAUUAUUUCACCAGCUCAGUCUGGCAGCCUCCACCUUUUCAGUUAAUGCUGACAAUGUCAGGCACUCUGUCAGGAAAGGAAAGCAUAAGUGUGGAGACUAGAAAGUUCCAGAGCUUAUGGAGAGAUCUGUUCAUGGCUCCAGGAAGAAUGUUCUAAUAGGUAUUCUCUCUUUGCUUGCUCCUUUACCUUCUUGCUUUGUCCCAUAUUUGUAUUCUCUCUCACUCUCUCUCUCUCUAUUCACUUUGAUUAGAGUUUGGAAGACUUAGAAUAUCUUCCUUUUGAAUAGGGCCUGGUCUGGUCAAUGAUGUUUACAUGUCAACAUUCAGGAAUCACUUUCAUUUACUCUCAAGCUCCAUCAUGUAAGAAACUCCAAAGCCAGCCAGGUAAAAAAAAAAAAACAAAAAAAAAAACAUGAAAGGAGGUUGCUAAAACUUCAGAACAGCACACAAUAGCCAACAGAGCCUCAGCUGGAGGGCAAGGAGGGCAGGAAGAGCUGGUGCACGCUUGAGUCAGAUGUUAACCAAAGAUUAUUGAUGGUCUACUUAAUCUGCAGAGGAUCACCUUGACGGGAGCUGGGCUGCCUGUCCUGAUUUCUGUCCAACUGUGGAAUUUCUGAGUGAUGGCAUAUUGGCCUCGCCAGCUGCAGCAGCUGCCCCGGGCUCUGAGGCCCACUGAGAGGCAGUAUGAGGAAAGGACUGUAGUUAGGUUUUUUUGUUUGUUUGGUUUGUUUGGGUUUUUGGUUUCGUUUUUAGCAUUUACUGACUGAGAAUCCCUUAUAUGUAUUUAGGACUUCAUGAUGUGGAAAGCUUAUUUUAUUUCUGAAUCAUCUCAUUGGACGUUCCCAGCAUCCCUGUAAGGUGGGCUGACCAGAGGUCUCAAACCCAUGUUUACAGAUGAGGAAACUAAUACUCAGAAUUUAGUGAUUUUUACAGAGCUACAACUAAAUUAUUAAGUUCCCUGCCAUUAGGAGGGUUAACAAUCCAGAGAGAAAGAUAAGAUGAUGUGCCAAAUACUAUCUUAAAUAUGCAGUGGCUGGAAUUUGGCUGGGGCUCAAAAGGAUUGAAAGCAUCGAUGGGUGGAUGGAUGGAUGGAUGGAUGGAUGGAUGGAUGGAUGGAUGGAUGAUGGAUGGAUGGAUGAUGGAUGAUGGAUGGAUGGAUGAUGGAUGAUGGAUGGAUGGAUGGGUGGGUGGAUGGGUGGAUGGAUGGAAGGAUAGAUGGAUGGAUGGAUGGAUGGAUGGAUGGAUGGAUGGAUGGAUGGAUGGGUGGACGGAUGGAGGGGUGGAUGGAUGGGUGGUUGGGUGGAUGGAUGGAAGGAUGGAUGGAUGGGUGGAUGGAUGAAUGGAUGGAUGGGUGGAUGGAUGGACCUCCUGGAGGUCAAAAAGUGGAUCUUACUCACCUUUGUACCCCUGGUGCCCACUACAAUGCUUUGACAUAUAGGACCUACUCAGUAAAUAUUUGUUGAAUGAAUAAUCUGCUUGUCUAUGCAUAUACUUUGUAUGUAGGUAACUUUCUGAGCUUUAAAGAAUGGAAAGGACUGACAAAUGCAUUGUGGAUACAAUUAUUUAUCAGCACAUAUGAUUCACCAUAUUGUGAUGUAGAAAAUCACCCAUUCAUUCAUGUAUUUCUUCAGUAGAUAUUUUUGAGUGCCAAGUAUCUACUAGAUUCUAUCUAGGUAUUGGUAAUGCAACAGUGAACCAAAGCAGAUGAAAACAGGUAAAGCCCCUGCUUUCAUGGAAAUCGCCUUUUAAUGGGCAACAGCAGGCAGCAAGCAACUAAAUAGACAAUAUGUUAGUACUGAGAAAGAAAAGUGAAGCUGAUGAGGUAAAAGGGAGUGAUGAUGUAGGGUUGCUAUUUUCACCACAAAGGUUUCUCUGAUACAGUGUCAUUUGAGCAGAGACCCAAAAGAAUUGAGGAGACAAGUCAGGAGGUUUUUAAGGGGAGUAACAUUCCAGUCAGAAGAAACAGCAGGUGCAACAGCACUGAGGCAGGAACAUGCUUGGUGGGUUUGAGGAACAGCUAUGAGCCCAGCGUGACUGGAGGGGGAAGUAAACGAGGCAGACAGCUACAGGAGAUUAAAGGGAUUUGAGCAGAAGAGUGAUGGAUCUCCAAAGCUACUGCUGCCAUCUAAAUUAGCUGCUAGUGUGGUGAAGGGUUACCCACAGACCUGAUGGUGAUCCCACCCCUGCCAACGUAGGCACCAUGUUGCUUGGUAUUGACCUACAAUGCCCACUCAGAACAACUGCAUACUCAGCAGUUGUCCCUGGGUGCUGGAGGGGCCUUGGGAGUCCAUGGUCCCAAGCUGCUAAAUCAAACUAUGAAUUUAUUUCCACUAUCAUCUGAAGUAGUUGUGACCUCAUAGUCCUAAAACUUCUCCCAAGGGAAAAAAAAAUCCAUAAUUCAUAUACAUUAGUAAUCUGUACUUAGGUUUAUUUAGAUUUUGGCUUUUAUUGUCGCCCAGACUGGGAUGCAGGGGAGCAAUAUCAGCUCACUGCCACCUCUUUCUCCCAGGUUCAAGCAAUGCUCCUGCCUCAGCAUCCUGAGUAGAUGGGACUACAGGCACGCACCACCACGCCCAGUGAAUUUUUUUUGUAUUUUUUAGUAGAGACAGGGUUUCACGAUGUUGGUCAGGCUAGUCUCGAACCCCUGACCUAAGGUGAUCUGCCCACCUUGGCCUCUCAAAGUGUUGGGAUUACAGGAGUGAGCCAACACACCUGGCUUAUUUUGGCUUUUGUUUUGUUUUGUUUUGUUUUGUUUUGUUUUGUUUUUUGAGACAGUUUCACUUUGUCCCCCACGCUGGAGUACAGUGUCACAAUCUCAGCUCACUGCAACCUCCGACUCCCGGGUUCAAGCGAUUCUCCUUCCUCAGCCUCCCGAAAAGCUGGGAUUACAGGCGCCCGCUACCAUGCCCGGCUAAUUUUUGUAUUUUUAGUAGAGAUGGGGUUUCACCAUAUUGGCCAGGCUGGUCUCAAACUCCUGACCUCAGGUGAUCCACCUGCCUCAGGCUCCCAAAAUGCUGGAAUUACAGGC